CUGACACAGCAACAAGAACAACAACAACACCAAAAACAGCAGCAGCAGCCGCCGAGACAAUCGAAAAUUGCGCGCCAAAAAGCAGAAGCGAAACAAAAGGAUUUAUAAAACAUACACACACUAAAAUACCAAUACAGACGCAAGCAGCUGAGAGCAUUCGAUACAACAACAACAACAACAACAGCAGGAGCAGCAACAACAACAACAACAUAGAGCAACGAAAUCAAAACAGAAGCUGGCAAAGACGCAGUCUACAAAAAUUCCAGUUUCAUCUGACGACCGCUUAACUCACCACUGCACAAAAAGGACGCCCAGAAGGCGACGACACUUGAAGCAUUUGGCUGUGUGAUACGGCAGCGCGAACGCAUUGCUUGGCUGAGAACGUAACUGGCACCAUGAUGUCCAUGUCCAGUUCGCCGCCAGCGACGCCCACGGGUGUCCAGACCGAUGCCGAGGGUCUCAUAUUGCCAAAGAAGCUGAUCAAUCCCUGCAUUGAGAAUACCGAUCGCAAGGAGCUGCAUCGCGAGCUCAAGUUCAAUGCGCGCAUUGGCAAGAGUGUGCUCAACCAGAAGACGGAACUGCAGCGCGCCUACGAGAAGCAAAAGGAGCGUCAUGCGGCGGCGGCGGCGGCGGCGGCAAUCGAACAGCAUUCGCCCGAAGCGGAGCUGGCCGGUCUCCAGGGCGAGCUGGGACGCGUGAUCAUGGAGCGUGCCCAGAAGCAUGGCGCGGCGGCACAGAAACAGAAUGCCGAGGAUGCCGAGGAGCGGCAAUAUGUCAAUCCCGAGUAUCUAAAUGUGCGCGCCAAGCUGCGCACGGCGCAUGCGCCCAACUAAAACAAUUAAAAGCAAAAAAACAAAUCUGUAAUCUUUGAAAAUCUAAUCUUUAGUUGUGACCCAACCAAAUUUCUGUUUAAUUAACUCGAAAGUUUUAUGUGUGUGUUACCCAUCAAA